AUGGCAACUAAUAGUGAAAAUUCACCUGGUCAUGAAUCAGUUGUUAUAGACAAUGAUGAAGGAAUAAGUGUUGAGAGUAAUCGAACGACUACUCAUAUCAAAAGUAAAGUUUUUUUUUCGAAGAAUAAUGAACGUGUUCUUAUUGAAAAAGGUGUUAAAGGUAGCUUUAUACCGUCAAUCGAUUUAAACGCUUUGGUUUUAUUAAGUGAUAAAACUGAAUGGCCUAAAAUUUUCGCACGAGAAGCUUCAAUAAUUGAUCAAGUUCGUCCACAGAAAUUAUUCGUGACUGAUACCUACAGAUUUGACAUCAUGAAAAAUUUAAUCGAAGCAAAAACAACUGGUUGUUUUGAUUUAUUAGAUGAAGAAAGUAAAUUACCAACACCUCGAGCUGAACAUUUUACAAUUGAAGUUCAUAAACGUAAUAAAGGUCAUCCAAGACUUGAAUUUCCACGAAAAUCAAAAUUACGUUCAUCACGUGAAAUACGUGAUGAUGAAGGUUUUCUUAUACAACAUUUUACUGGUGGUGUUGUUUAUACAACCGCACAAUUUAUUGAAAAAAAUAAUGAUGCUUUAGAUGCAUCUCUUCUUAUUCUUAUUCAAGAAUCAGGAAAAUUAAAUAUUAUUUCUGUUGGUUCAAAAUUUCGUUCACAAUUAACUGAUCUUAUGAAUAAAUUACGAAGUACGGUAAGUUAUUAUAUAUUAAAAUUUUGGUUGAUACAUCAUUAA